AUGAAAUUAAAUACAAUAGCAGUUGCUGUUAGAUUUGUUGACAUUGGACAAAUAGCAAUUUAUUUUUUCAUUUAUAUUAAAAAAAUCUACGAGGGUAACCGAAUGACAGUCGAGCAACCUGCCGAGAACAUACAGUCCGAAAAAAUAGCCAUGUAUAUGAAAGAGGAGCUAAGCGAGCUGAAAAAGGUGCAUCCAAGACCGCAGGAGCUCGAUGAAUUUUUCCAGAUAUAUCAAAGGUUUCUGAAAACCAGAAACACCAAGAUUGACUGGGACAAAAUUGAGCCUCCGAAGGGCAAGAUUAUUGAUUACCAGGCAUUAGAAGAGUGUCCUAAGGAAAAUGAAAGCUUAUUGAACAAGCUGGCUGUUCUAAAGCUUAACGGCGGGCUUGGAACAACAAUGGGAAUGGUAGGACCAAAGAGUGCCAUUCAGGUAAAAAAUGGAGAAAACUUCAUUGACUUGAUUACAAGACAGCUUGAGUACUUGAAUGAUAAAUACAACACGAGUGUUCCUCUUAUACUUAUGAAUAGCUUUAACACUGAUGAACGGACAAAGAAGCUAAUCAAGCACCACAGCAAUAUUAAGACUAUCCACCAGUCAAUGUAUCCUAGAAUUUCAUCGGAGAACCUUAUGCCCAUAUCGGGGGAACAGAUGUGGUAUCCUCCUGGCCAUGGGGAUCUUUUUCGCACAUUGGUCAGUAGCGGAUUGCUUGACGAGCUAUUGAACGAAGGCAAAGAGUAUCUGUUUGUGAGCAACAUCGAUAAUCUUGCAGCCACUGUUGAUUUGAAAAUACUACACAACUUUGCUGCAGAGGGCCAUGACUUCUGCAUGGAAGUUACAGAAAAGACAAGGGCGGAUAUGAAGGGCGGCACUCUCAUUGACUACGACGGUGUUCUUACUCUACUUGAAAUUGCCCAAGUCCCAAAUAAUAAGAAAAGCGAGUUUACAAGUGUUAGAAAGUUCAAGAUUUUCAACACAAACUCUAUAUGGAUUAAAUUAAAAGCAUUAAAGGAGAUAAAUAUGGACGAGUUUGCAUUAGAUAUUAUCCAAAAUAAGAAAGUUGUCAAUGGAGAGACAGUAAUACAGCUUGAAACGGCGAUGGGUGCGGCCAUCAAACAUUUUAAAAAUAACUGUGGUGUUUUGGUUCCCAGAACAAGAUUCUUGCCAAUAAAGGCAUGUUCAGAUCUGUUUCUGGUGGAAAGCAACCUGUUUGAGGAGUCCAAUGGGUUCCUAUAUCACAAUCCCAAGAGGUCAAUAAAGACCGAUCCUAUUGUCAAGCUAUUGGGAAGGAAUUUUUCCAAAAUAACAGAGUUUGAAGAGACUUUUGAAAGCAUCCCCGACAUUGUUGAUCUUGAGAUCUUAACUGUUGUUGGGGAUGUGACAUUUGGUAAAAAUGUUACGCUUAAAGGUAUUGUGAUUAUUAUGGCGCCAGAGGGCAGCUCAAUUCAUGUUCCAGAAGGAUCAGUCCUAGACGAUAAGGUUAUAACCGGCAGUCUAUCAACGACAAAUGUAUAA